CUGCCGGCCGGACGCCAUCUUGCUGGUUUGCGGCCGGUCUUGGAUGUGGCGGCAGCAGUGGUGAGGGCGUGGGGAAGGGUGGGGUGAGGGGGCGAGGCCGCGGCGCGGGCGGCGAAACUCUCCUCCCCUCAGCCCCACCGCGUGGGACGGCGUGAACGCGGUGUCGGAGGGAUGUCAGCCUUCUCUGAGGCGGCGCUGGAGAAGAAGCUGUCGGAGUUGAGCAACUCGCAGCAGAGCGUGCAGACCUUGUCCCUGUGGCUCAUCCACCACCGCAAGCACUCCCGGCCCAUCGUCACCGUGUGGGAGCGGGAGCUGCGUAAAGCCAAACCAAACAGGAAGCUUACUUUUCUCUACCUAGCCAAUGAUGUCAUUCAGAACAGCAAAAGGAAGGGGCCGGAGUUUACAAAAGAUUUUGCGCCAGUUAUAGUGGAGGCUUUUAAACAUGUUUCAAGUGAAACUGAUGAAAGUUGUAAGAAGCACCUUGGAAGGGUAUUAUCUAUUUGGGAAGAAAGGUCUGUUUAUGAGAAUGAUGUGUUAGAACAACUUAAGCAAGCUCUGUAUGGCGAUAAGAAGCCUAGGAAGCGAACUUAUGAACAGAUAAAGGUGGAUGAAAAUGAAAACUGUUCCUCUCUGGGAUCUCCAAGUGAACCACCACAGACUCUAGAUCUUGUUAGAGCAUUACAAGAUCUAGAGAAUGCAGCUUCAGGUGAUGCAGCAGUUCAUCAGAGGAUAGCGUCUUUGCCUGUUGAAGUCCAAGAAGUAUCCCUACUAGAUAAAAUAACAGAUAAAGAAUCUGGAGAAAGGCUUUCUAAAAUGGUAGAGGAUGCUUGUAUGUUGCUGGCAGAUUACAAUGGCAGAUUGGCGGCUGAAAUAGAUGAUAGGAAGCAACUCACUCGAAUGUUAGCAGAUUUUCUUCGUUGUCAAAAGGAAGCCCUUGCAGAGAAAGAGCAUAAAUUGGAAGUAUUGGACAUGGGCGUAUCUUCUAACGAUGUCAUCAUCAUUAGCAUAUUCUUCCUGCUAAAAAUAAAUAUCAAACUCCAAAGCCUGUAUCGUCUCAUGUUUUUGAAGAUUCAAGACUGAAACUUUGUUUUUCUACUGUAUGCUUUUUCACUUAAGUUGGUUAUUUAUUACUGGUUACAAAAAUAGAAUUUAUGUUUGAAAUGUAAGUGUAGGAAUAGAUCAGAUGUCACCCUCCAGUUACCUCUUUUCCCAGUUCCUUUCAGCUAGAUUGCGUAGUUGAUAGUUCUGGUGAUGAGGUUGAUGAUAAUAAUAACAGUAACAUUUACCAUGUGUCAGGUGCUAUUGCAUGUCACAUCUGUCAGCUCAUUUAAUCCUACAUAGCAGGAAGAAUUAUCCCCACUUUACAGGUAAAGAAACUGAGGCACAGGGAAAUUACAUAACUUGCCCAAGGUCACAAAGAGAUUGUAAAUUGUUAAGAACCCGGGGACUCCGCCUCCAAAAGACACAUUUGCUUCCGGGUUUUACUUAAAGAAAUGUAAGAUCAAAGCAAAAACUGAAACCCUAUCCAGUUCUUUCUGCUUCCUCUCUCUUCAGAGGAAUCUACUCUUCAGAGAAAUCACUGUCUUAAAGUAUUCUAGGAACGUUUUUGUUUUUCAGUGUGGAUAUUAUCAUAGUAAAAACAGACGACCUAAAUUAUGCUAAACAUUUUUUUACAAGUAAAAAAAAAUUUACAUCUCUAAUAAAUCAGGAAGUCAUUCUACAGAACUCUGUAAAUUAUCAUUUAUAACUGAUUUCUUUCUCAGAAGAUUAUGGAAAUGAUUUUAGAUAUUUAGACAUUUUUUGUGUCAAGUAGGUGGCAUCACUUUGAAGUUGAGACAGAGAGGUCAAGAUUUAUACUUCCCAUGUAAGCUGUGAUGUCAUCAGACAGUUUUCAGUUAUCUGCAUCUUUGAGCAUCACCUGUCAUUGACCAGGUAUUGAUGACUCACUGGUUUUUCGUUUUUUGUUUUUUGGUUUUUUUUUCUUUAAAUGGAACAAAAAUUUAAAGUAUCAGUUCAGGGAUUGUCUAUUUCAUGUUUUUUAAGGAGGUUGCUGUUAAAGCAUUUGUAAUGAAUGAAAAGAUGAAGUGUUUUUAAAAAUUUUGGGUAUUAUGAAUCAUUUUUGGAACUUUAGCUGGUUAUUAGGCAGAUAACUGUCUAAAUGCACUAUUAAUCUAAUUUGUAUUUAUAAAAUCCAUGUCAUAGAUUGUUGUAGAAAUCAUAUUUCACCAUUUAGAAGUUAAAAUUAUUGCAUUAACUUUUGUUCACCUAGCUUAUUUUGGAAGGCAUUCAUGGAUAGGAAACGUAAAGUGACAUUUUGAUUUUGAUACUGUUGGAGAGGGAAAAAUGCAGAGAUCAGAAAUUCUUUCACAUUCAGUAAGGUAAUGUCUUUGAUGCUCAAUUUUGGAUUCUUUUUCAUGAUACAGUCAGUAUAAGAAAACAUGCUUUUAUCAAGUCCCUAUCUAUGUCAUUGUACACUGACAGUGUGCUAGGAUUCCAUAGAAAAUUGUCUAGUUUAUGGAGUAGUUUUACGUAGAAAAUUGGAAAUCACAAUUUGAUUGAUGGCUCUUAAAUUAUAGUUCUAAGGUUUGGAAGUCAGGAUGGACUUCAUAGAGGACUGUGUUUAUCUUUUGCAGUCUUACAUCAGUAUGUUCUUAUUUAGCUCAUUUUUUUAAAUGAGGCAUAAUAUUAAUUGUAUGAAUGUUGUUUAUUUAAGUCUGUCCCUCUUCUCAUGGCAUUAGAUUGCAGCCACUGAGUUGCUUUUAUUAGUUUUGUGCAUUAUAUAUAGUGCUGCAGAGAACAUCCCAUCCUGGUGAUCAGGCCUGUAUAAUUGUGCAGGUAUAUCUGUGGGAUUGAUUCUUAGAAGCAGAAUAAAAUAAUCUGGGUCCAAGGGAAUGUAUGUUUAAGUGUUGACAGUAUACUCAAGCCCACCAAAGCAUUCUGCCGUUUCAAUUUUUUAAAUUUUUUUGUGCUGCAUCUAUUUAUGUAUGUAUGUAUGUAUGUGUGAAUAUAGUUGAUGCAGUGUUAUAUUAGUUUCAGGUGUAAAGGCUCUGCGUUUUUUUUGUGUUUUUUUUAAUGUUUAUUUCUGAGAGAAAGAGAGACAAGAGUGUGAGCGGGGAAGGGAGAGAGAGAGAGGGAGACACAGAAUCCGGAGCAGGCUCCAGGCUCUGAGCUGAAGUCGGACACUUAACCAGCUGAGUUAUCCAGGUGCCCCAGGUUCUGCCUUUUUAAACUCCGUAUCGUAGGAGUACAUCUUUUCCUGUGUAACCUAGUACUUACUAUCAGUGAUCUUUUAAAUUUUUGCAUAUCUGGUACUUUAUAAAUUAUUUUUUUGUUCACUCAGAUUGGUCAUCUUUUAAAAAUAUUUAUUGCCCGGCGCCUGGGUGGCUCAGUUGCUUGAGCAUCUGACUCUUCAUUUCAGGGUCGUGAGUUUGGGUCCUGCGAUGGGCAUGAAGCAGUGUCAGGCAUGAAGUCUACUUAAAAAAAAAAAAAAAAAACCUAGCCAUUUUAUUUCCGUUUCAAAUUUCCUAUAUCCUUUAACUACUUUUCUCUUUGGUUCUAAGUUUGUAUGUUAAUAUUUGUCUUUGUUUUUGUAGAUUUUGGGCUUUCUGAAUAUAGUUAAGGUGGUCUUCUCAAUUCAUUACUGUAAAAAUACUUUGCUCUUUUUCUUUGUUUUUUCCCCUAAUAUUUUUAUCCAUUAGGAUUUUUUUUUAUGAUGUGACAUAGAGAUCUAAUUGAAAGUGAUAGUGAAUGUCCCUUGUCAUGUAUUAAUGAUUAAUCAGUGACUCAGUCUGUCUCUUAUUAUGUUAUGAAGUGCCAUUUCUGUUAUACUUAAUUCGUGUGUGUGUGUGUGUGUACACAUGGGAAUGUAGUUAGUCCCUUUUCUAUUCUAUUGGCCAAUUUGUCUUACCCACCUUUACUUAUGCAGAUUUUUGUUUGUAUUAUUUUUGGUAUUGUUUGUAUCUACAAUUUAAAUAAUGAUUAUUGUAUACAUGAAUUUUUACUUUCUUCCCACUUUAUACAUAUUUAUAGCUUUCAUACUUGAUAUUUCUCAUGCCAUGUUGCUAAGUAGAUGUUUCUUAAUUUACUUGGCCUUUUACCUGUUUCUGAAUGUACUGUUUACUCUUGUUAUCCUUCCCCUCUAUCUGCUAGAUGGUAUUUUCCUGGAUUUUCAAAAGUAUUUAAUUUCAUAAAACUUUGUUUUCUCGGGCACCUGGGUGGCUCAGUUGAUCAAUUGUCCAACUCUUGAUUUUAGCUCAGGUCGUGAUCUCAAGGUUUGUGGGACUGAGCCCCCCGAUGCUUAACCUAAUUUUUACUUUUUAAAUGCUUAAGAAAAAUUUUGUUUUACCUGAGGCAUUUAUUAUUUGUUUGUUUGUUUUUAAUUUAUUUAUUGUGAGAGACAGCAACAGCGCAAGUGGGUGGAAGGGCCGAGAGAGGGAGAAUCCCAAGAGGGCUCUGCGUUGUCAGCACAGAGCCCAAUGUGGGGCUCAGACUCAUGUGAGAUCGUGAGCUGAGCCAAAAUCAAGAGUUGGACACUUAACCAAUUGAGCCACCCAGGUGCCCUUUCCCUAAGGUAUUUAAUGAUUAGAAAUUUCUAAUAUUAAUUCUCUUACUAUAGGAAAUAAUGUUUUAAAUAGUACUGAAAAUUUUAAAUUAAAAUUUUAUUGCUGGAGGUGUUUACCUGCAUGUAGCAGGUUGAGCUGCUGGUUGUAACAGUCCAAAGGAUGGAGAGGAAUGGUGGCAGUGGCAGUGUUUGACAGCCUGAUUGAAGUUGCUGAGUGGAUUACAAUGGGGACAAAUUUCAAUAGGGAAACAGAGCUUAAUUAGAAAGUUUUAUAUUGUGGAUAAUGUAGGCCUGAACCUUACUUGGUGAUAGCACUGAGAAAACAAAGGAAUGGGCGGGAUGGGAACAAUUGAAUCAUAAUUUAAUUGGGUCUGAGCAUAGAAAGUAGAAGGAAUCAGUGAUAAAUGAAAUUUUGGAAACCAUGGGGCAAAUGAAUCUGGCAUUGACUAAAAGGAUACUAAAAUAAGGGACUAGUUUUGCUGAGGAGGAUGAUUUGGUUUUAGGCAGGUCAAAUCUUUUAACUUUUUCACUUUCAUUUUUGUGCAGUGAGGUAUAUUAUUAUUUUUUUCCCAGCUUUAUUGAGAUAACUGGCAUAUGAGUGAAUUAAAGGGUUUUUUUUUUGCUUUCUUAAAAAAUUGAAACAUAGUUGACACCAGAGUUUUUCUAGUUGUAAAAGUAGUACAUGUUCCUCGUAGUUGAGAAGCCAUUCAUAAGCACACACAGAUGCCACCUAAAAUCUCAUUACCUCCUAAAGAACCAUUGAUAAGAUUUGAGAGAUGGAAUCCCAGUGUAUGCUAUUUUAUGUAGUCUUUUUUACAUAUUUACAGUAAACAUUUUCUCAUGAUUCUCAUCUAAAAUGAAUUAUUUCUUUAACCAGCUAUUUAUUAUUUAGCGUUUGUUUUUUCCAGUUUCUUGUUAUCAGAAAAACAUAGUUUUGAAUCACACUUUAGGUAAAUCCUUGCUUACUUUUGAUAAUUUUUUCUUUUUUUUA